UACCAGUUUCAGAAUUAAAAAAAAAAACUAAAGUAUAAAUGACUAAGAUAAAACAAUUUUUGAUGAACCAGUUUUCUAAAAAAAAUGUAUGCCUGUACAUUAAAUGCAACAAAUAAAAUUGUCUACUUUCAUUCAGAAAUAAUUCACACUCAUGUUAGUUUAUUUAUAAUUAAUGUAAUGAGAAGGUUAGUCAAAUAAAUGUACUGUAUAUGUAAAGUGCUUCAAAAUCAAUGAUCAAAAUUCGCAAUUUUAAAGAAAAACAUUGUAAUUAAUGGUAGAGAGGCCGCAACAAAGAACGGCGCCUCCCGUAUGUGGCCCACGAACCAGGCUGGUCUAAUCCCUUAACCCUUUUUAAGAGUCACCCUUUCACCUGCUUUCGUUAAUCCCACUACAAGAUCAAGCAGGAGUAUUUUACACAGAUGGCAGAAAUUUUCAUUUUUAUUUGAAGCCAGUGAGAUUUUUGGACGCAGUCAUGGCUUUCAAACUGAGGUUUUUAUUGGUAUAUUUUUACUUCUUGUCAACACGUGACUCCUGCUGCUGCUCUGUUUUUGACCUAAAGCCACGGUAAUAAUGCAGACCUUUAUGAUGGAAGGGUUCUUUUUUCUCAAGGCUGUGAAGGGGACUCUAGAGUGGGGUUCUUUUGUACAAUACUGGACAAUGUAAUCAGACAAUCAAGAUCAAAGUUCUAUUUUUGUAUGAUUUAACCAUACAAAGGGGUUCUAUGCAAGCAUUUUAGUUUGCGCUUUUAUUUCCUGGUGGGUAAUUUGACAUCUAUUUGCUGUCAAUGUUUGUUUUUUUAAGUGGACUGGGAAAUUAAUGGAAAGCAUAUAGAAAUAUAGGGCUGGGUUUAAAAUCUUUUUAUUUUUUUGGUGGGCAGUCACUCCAGGGACACAACUAUUAUACAUUAUCGAUGUUUUGUGUCAUAAACAUACAGUCUGUUUUACAUAAUAAAGCCGUUCUGAACAAACUUCCGUUUGUGCUUUUACUUUGGCGGGCUAUGCGGAACUCUACGGGCAGAUUUUAAACUUCUUCACCGUUUAGCUCUCGGGAACGUCCAUCAAGCAGGUCAAAAGCUUCAGAUUUAAAAAUUUAACAUUUUCGCUCGUAAAAAUGUUCAGUUGUAGCCCUUCCUAUAACGACUCAACCUAAGGGAUUGAGCGAAACCGAUGGCUAAAAGGACAAAAACAACACGGCAAAGUCAUCUGUCAUAUCGUCAGUAGCUAAUGUAAUCUUGACCCAAGGAAAAUGGAGGGGUCAGCGGGUGGCAGUCGGUCGCUCACCUAGCUCGGUUCCCGGGGACGGAGGACGGUUCGUCUCCGUUCGAAACAUCGGGUACCGCGCUCCCCUCCUCGACCUUGACGACGACAUGGAUUUGACGCGGUUGGCCGUGGACGCCAGCCAGUUCAUCAACCGUGCGGUCCAGUACACGGGGGAGAGUCUUGGCCAGGCCGACAAGACCGACUUAGAUCCCGACCUGGAGGAGCUCCUGAUGCGGGCGGAUGCCACCAAGACAUGGACGGACGUCAUCGUCUCACAGACAGAGGCCGUGUUGCAGCCCAGUACAGCGGCGCGACUGGAAGAGAGACUGUACGAGCAUCUGGACUGGCCUGCCCCGUCUCGACCUCGCGCUCAAGAGCUCCUGGGUGACCAGAUGAUUCAGGCUGGGCUGGAGAUGGGAACCAGCAGCCCAUACGGAACGUCGCUACUGCGAUGCGGCGAGGCUCAGAAGCAGCUCGGCGAGGCCCAGAGGAAGUUUGCCCAGAGCGCCAGCAUCCAUUUUCUCAGCCCUCUGCGACGCUUCGGCGUGUGUGAAUACAAAAUCAUGCAGGAGGAGCGCAGGAUGUUGCUGAGCAAGCGUCUGGACUUGGACGUCGCCAAGAGCCGACUGAGGCGCGCUCAUGAGGCCGAACGAGAGUCCAGGAACCUGGACGCAAACCCCGUGGAGGACGAGGACUUCUCGUCUCACGUGUCCUACAUGCUCCGAUUCAUGCGCGUUCGUUGGAUGAAGAUGUGGGCGCAGGAGAUCUCGCAAGCUGAGACGGAGCUGAGGAUCUCCGAGUCUUUGUUCCUUCGGCAAUCGGAAGUCACGCGACAGCUUCUGGGAGAAAUUAGCGCCACCCACCACAACCACAUGCAGAGGCUGAGUGACUUUGUGGAUGUGCAGACGUGUUACUACGCCCAAUGCAAGCAACACGCCCUGGAGCUCCACAAACAGCUGGCCAGCGUCCCGGCCGUGCUGUGCUCCAACAAGUGGCAGUCGUCAAUCACCAACGGGCCGCCUCGCUGUCAGCAUCCUUCUGCUGAGCAAAAUCAAGUUUCUCCCGCCUCCGCCGUCGUCAUCCACCGCCUUCCGGAAUUCCAGCAGGACUCUUGGACGAUGGGAGUGAGCGCUAACAAUAACAACGAACAGGUCCCCGGUCCUGCUUGUCCAUCAGAACAUGAACAUCCUCCAUCUUCUGAACCCACCGACUAAUUCACGGGUCUCCCCCGCAUCAUGGCCAAACAAGUGACCCACACAUUUAGUUACAUUUAAAAUGAAGUAAUCGGUGACAUCACUAGUUAGUUUUCAAGUGUUGUUUCAAGGUAACUGUGGCAAGACUGCAGUCCAGGUUAGAGUACUUUCAAUCCUCCUUUUGGCUUGUGUAAGUGUACCUAAUGAACUGUCAGAAUUCAUGGUCAUUUUCUCCUCUGUGUGUGUGUGUGUGUGUGUGUUUGUCUUUGCGUUUUCAUUUCGAAGCCAAGUAAGGUGAAAUAAGAUCGUUCCACGUAUACGCACACGGUGUCACCCCCUCAGUGGUCCCAAUAGGUCAAUUGUAGUUCUCGUGUUCACAUCCAGAUGUUGUUCAUUUUCCCCUCAUAGAGGCCAUGAUGUGUGUGUGGGGGGGGGGUGGGGGGGGGUUGGUAUAUGUGGAAAUACAUACAUGAUGUAGAUGAUGUCAUUAUCAUGCUACAGGGCUAAGAGGGGUGUGUGAGAUGUCGCUGACGUCAGCCCUGAGUUGGCAUGUGUUUAAUGUGGAAAUAAAUAUGCAAACAGUGA